AUGGGCGAGUUGAUCCCACGCCGCGCGCAGCACACGGCGCAUGCCGGGUGCUUCCAUGUGGCGCGGGACGAGUAUGGCAGCGAGACAGGGAGAGGCAACAGGGAGAGGCGAGUGAAGGAACGGCACGCACGGAGGGUAAGGGGAAGACGACUAUCAGCUGCUCUGAAGUGGACUUUCUACACACUUCGUUAUGUGCUCACUCGUUUCGAUGCAGUAACGAUCAUAAUCCCUUGCGCCCGUGCGUGCGUCCCUUGCGCGCACCACCUUGCGCCCGCCACCUUGCGCGCGAUGCCUCCAUCUCGUCGCCGCACGCGCCUCCCGUUCCCCGACCGCCACUCCGCGCUGCGCCGCUGCACUUUCGCCGCGGCCCUCUCCUUCGUAGCGCUCUCGCUCUCCGCGCUCCUGCUGCUCCACUCCCCCACGCCUCUCUUCCCCCCGCGCCUCUCCGCCUCUACUCAUUCCGACAUCCUCCACACAUCCCCACUGGCCGCGGGCAUUGCCGCACGCGGAGCGGUGAGCUGGGCGCGGCGGGCAUGGCGGGGGCAAUCGGAGGGGGAAGGCGAGGUCGCGCAGGCAUCGCAGGGAUGGCAGGCGGGCGCGCGGCGGAGGCAGCUGUGGCCGCGCGGGCGUCCGUUUCAGGGGGAAGGGGGGCGGCUGUGGCCGGGGCGGGUGUGGUUGGAUGAGGAGGGGCGGCGCAUCCAGGCGCACGGCGGGGGCGUGCUGUACGUGGCGAGCGAGCGGCGGUACUACUGGUACGGCGAGAACAAGGAGGGCGACACGUACUCGCUCAAAGGCUCGCUGGAACGGGUGGACGUGGUGGGCAUCAGCUGCUACAGCUCGUCGGACCUGCUGCACUGGCAGGCGCACGGGGUGGUGCUGGCGCCCAACACGCACGACCCCGCCAGCGACCUGCACGUGAGCCGCGUGAUGGAGCGCCCCAAGGUGCUCUUCCACGCGCCCUCGCGCCGCUAUGUCAUGUGGCUGCACGUCGACGACGCCGCCUACCACCUCGCCAGCACAGGCGUCGCCGUCAGCUCCCAUCCGCACGGCCCCUUCACGUACGUGGGCAGGUUCCGGCCGAACGGGCAGGAGAGUCGGGACAUGACGGUGUUUGGGGACGAGGACGGGGUGGCGUACGUGGUGUACGCCAGUGAGAUGAACGCCGUGCUGCACAUUGCACGCCUCACCCCCGACUACCUUGACGUCGACGGUGGCUUUGUGCGGCGCUUUGUGGGGCGCUCCAGGGAGGCGCCCGCCAUCUUCAAGUAUCAACAACAUUACUUCCUGGUGACAUCAGCAUGCACAGGGUGGGACCCCAAUGAGGCUGAGGUGCAUGUGGCGUCGCACAUGAUGGGUGAGUGGCGCCUGUUGGGCGCACCAUGCUCCAACCACCACCACCAGCACCAGCACCAGCAGCAGCAGCAAAGGUGGCCGUGGCAGGGCGAGUCGGCGCCUGGUGCAUGGGCGCCCUCAUGCAGCAGCACGUUCGAGUCGCAGGGCACGUUUGUGCUGCCGCUGCCCAACGCCCCGCCCGGCGUGUUUGUGUUUUUAGCAGACCGGUGGAACAAGCACGACCUCGCUGACUCACGCUAUGUGUGGCUGCCCCUGCACCUGCUGGGCAAUGGCAGCACACCCACAGUAUGGGGCCGGCUGAAGGAUAAGGGGAUGGCUUCUCAGCAAGUUGCAGUAAGGGGUGGUGCUGUGACCCAUGCAGUCAUUACAUGGCAUGAGAGCUGGGAACUGCCACAGUCAUGGUUGCAUGAAGCAGAGACUACUACAGGCUAA